AUGACAGCUGCUCGUUUACAGCGUUACGCAAUGUUUCUAGCAUCACACCAAUAUGACAUCGAAUAUCGUAAAACUGAAAAUCAUGGUAACGCAGAUUUUUUAUCAAGAUUUCCAUUGUCUGAAAGUUCACAUACAGAUGAUGAAGAAUAUUCUUUACGUUGCAUUUUUGAAGUAUUGCCCGUCACAAGUACGGAAAUAAGAAAAGCAACCACUAAUGAGCCAAUAUUGUCUAAAGUAGUAGAUUUGGUCCUGAAAGGUUGGCCAAACAAAAUCAAAAAUGAUGAAUUACAACCAUAUUUCAAUAGAAGACAUGAACUCAGUGUUCAUGAAGGAUGUUUAUUGUGGGGAAACAGAGUUGUAAUUCCACCUAAAUUACGUUCAAGAAUUUUAGAAGAACUACAUGAGUCACAUCCAGGCAUAGUCAAAAUGAAAGCAUUGGCUCGAUCAUAUGUCUGGUGGCCACAACUUACUAACUCAAUUGAAAAUAGAGUAAAAGAAUGCGCUUCUUGCCAGGAAACGCGAAAAAUGCCUGCAAAUACUGAACUACAUAUGUGGGAAUUUCCCUCAAAUGCGUGGGAACGAAUUCAUGUUGAUUUUGCAGGACCGUUCAUGGAUAUGAUGUUUUUAGUUGUAAUUGACGCGUAUUCAAAAUGGGCAGAAGUAAUCCUAUGCGUUCUAUCAUCGCAAAGAACUAUCGAAGAACUCCGACACAUAUUUGCAAGAUAUGGUAUAUGCAAACAACUUGUGUCCGACAAUAGACCUACUUUCACGUCGGAAGAGUUUGCAAAUUUUAUGAAGAAUAAUGGAAUACGUCAUUCACGAUCUGCACCAUUUCAUCUGUCGAGUAAUGGUAUGGCAGAAAGAUUUGUCGGAAUUUUCAAGAGUUCUCUUCUCCGAGGGAGGAAGGAGAAAGGUGAUAUUUUACACAAACUGGAUAAUUUCCUACUAGCGUACAGAAAUACACCUCAUUCGACAACGAACGAGUCACCAGCCAUGUUAUUAAUGAAGCGAUCUCUACGAUCACGUUUAGACUUGGUCAAGCCUGAUCUAGCAUCAAAAGUUAAUGAAAAGCAAACUAACGUGCAAGAUUCAAAAAGAAAUCGUAAAACAAGAUAUUUUGAACUUGGUCAAGCAGUCUUGGCUCGUGACUAUUCUAGCAAAAAGAGAAGAUGGGUCAGUGGCACAAUUAUUAAACAUCUUGGACCACUGACAUACCUUGUCAAAAUUUCUAAUGGUGUAACUUGGAAACGCCAUAUCGAUCAGCUGCUGAAAGCUUAA